AUGGUAGAGCAGAAAGAACAUGCGAACGAAUCCAACAAGAUACCAAAAAUGCCUCCUUUUCUGCCUCAACAGUUGGUGAUUCUGUCGCUGGGUUUGAUGGUGGCCUGUGCCGGAGCAAUGCCAGCCGUGGGUCCUGCAGUGUUUCCCGCAGCGUCUGGCUCUCCGUUUGGCGUGUUUCCUGGAUCUGCUGCUGCUCCCUUUGCUGCCUACACGAAUGGACCGUUUGCCGCUGCUUUUCCUGGGGCUCCAUUUGGUGGUGCUGCUCCUUUGGUUAAUGCUCCUCUGGGUGCUGCUCCUUUGGCUGUCUCUAGCAGUCAGCGUUUGGAUUACUUCAAUCAGUUCAAUGCCGCCUUCGGUCCGCCUGCUGCCGGACGUCUCCUGGCCGCUGGUCCUGCGGGAGUUGCUGCUCUGAAUGCUCCACCAUUUCCAGCUUCUCGAUUCUCGAUCCAGCCCGCACGAUUGAUUGCUCCAGGCCCAUUCUUCUUUUAA